AUGGACGAGGAUAUCGCGUCGCCGCCGUCGCAACCUCCACUAGUCACGGAGCGAAGUACCUCCGCCGCAGGAACAGGUGUGCCAAUUGAAGGAUCACCAGCAGGGGCAGCUCGGAAAGGGACGAGUUACGUCCCCGUGGCGUCGAGCUGGAACUCGGAUCAAUUCAACGCGUCGCUCAGCACAAACUUGAUGACGUUCUCUGUGGCUCCCUUGACCCAUGUGAUGCAAGCUGUGGGUACUACCAUCCACCACCACGACAUUUUGCUGCAGGAACUUGCAAAGCAGAUGCACAAAGUCGACAGCGCCCAGCAAGAGAUGAACAAGCACACGACCGCCCCAUCAAUCUCGAGCGAAGACCUGCUGUCCAAGCUCGAAGGUGUUGAACGACGCUUGCACGAUGUGGAAGCCAACACGGAAGAAUCCCGCACCCGGGAAGAAAUGCUGACAAACAAGAUGGGGAUAGUAGGGGAACUGGGAGACCGAGUGGCGCAGCAAGACGCGUCCAUCCAAGACGUCAAACUGAGUGUGGGUCAGAUGGGCAUUCGACUGGGCGACUGUGUGACGACCGUCGCGUUCGAGUUGAUGAAGGCGGCGCUCCUGAACGACGUCCAAAACAUGCUCAAGGACGCAAUCGCCCAGCAAGCCGCGAUGCAGGACACUCGGUUCAAUGCGUUGCAAGAGCAGUUGCUACGGUUAAGUGGCGGCGACGACGACGACGACGACGACGACAGCAACGACAUGGACGAGGAGCCAACGUACGGCCCUGGCGACGUGCUGCGGCCGGCGCACGUUCCGCCGACCGAAACGACCAUGAUCACCCAAAAAAAGGGCAAGCAUGAUGGUUCGUCCACCAUGCGCAUGAUGUUUGACCCUGCGCAGAAGUUGCUUGUCGAACAACUCGACCAGCAACUCAAGCAACUGGCCACGCGUGUGCGCGACGUUGAAGCCGACAGAGUGACGUGGCAUGACCAGGUGGCCGGGAUCCACAACCAGGUCGUGCAAUGCAACAUGGACGCCGGGCAGUUCCGGCACGACAUGAUCGGUGCAUUUGACGAUUUGGCCGCGAAAACCAAAGCAACUCCGGCCUCGGACUUGGCUACACCAGCGAUACCUCCGUCGCGCAAGUAUGACGACGACAUCCAACGGCUCUCCGAUCGCAUUGAACGACUGACGAAACAGUUGGGCGACCUCCAUCUAGCCCACGGAAGUGACCAUGCGACCACGGAUGCCACCGCCCACGCAGUCAAAACCGUGCAAGACGACAUGCGAAAACUAAAAGCGCAAGUGGAUGCGUUCCAGGACAACCACAGUUUGAUGCAAGGUUUGAUGGGGGGCGGGUCGUCGGACGGGGCGUCGCCGGACCUGUCGAUGGUGUUUGGCAAGUUGGCCGAGAUGCGGCAGACACAGGCGAACGCGACGGACGACCUGCGGCGGCACCUGGCUACGCUGGACGGAUGGGUGAAGGAGCUCCAGACGCAGCGGCAGCAGGUCAAGCACUCGGACGAGAGUCGGGCGCGGCUGAAUCUGCGGCAGCUGGACGCCGACUUGGAGCUCAAGAAGGACGCGUUGCACCAUCAGCUGCACCUGCAGGAGCACCUCAUGGGUCAAGUAACCGACUGGCUGCACGCGAUCCCUGCGAUUCGAAAGGAGCUGGAGAAACCAGAUGCGCACGAGCAUCCAAAGAUGGCCGAGUUGCAAGCGAUGCUUCGGCAAUAUUACCGCGCGCUGCCGGGGGUGGCCACGCUGCAAGCCAGCAGUCACGGGUUGCACGGGAUGUUGCAGCAACUCCACCAUACGUUUCUCCAAACCCAAGACGGAGCAGCCUCAGCAACGGGCGUCGACGACUUGACGCCUCGAGAAGCGCAACUGCAGACCCUCCACACGCUGCUAGCUACGUUGGACAAGCACAACGAAGGACUAGUCAAGCAGUACGAUCAUGCUAGGGUGCAGAUGGACGAGCUGUGGAACGUGUGGCAAAAGCGGCUGCGCACGGACACGGACAACCGCGUGACCAUGUUGUCGAAAGAAAUCACCGAAGUGGCCCUUCUCAAACCAAAGAUGCCAUCGCCGCCGCCCGCGACCGUCGUUCCUCCGCCGCACUUGGACAAGAAAAUGUCCUUAUCGGCGCAGGCAAUGGCGCUAGGGGAAGGCAGCGACGCCGUCAAGCGACUAGAGCAGCUGCUGCUCACAUGCUGUCGCCGCCUGGACGGGUUUGAAGACGAUAUUCGCGGGCUCACUCGAAAUGUGCACGCCUAUCGAGGAGACAUGACCGACCGCGUCACAGAAAGUCACAUGUCCAAGCUCAAAUUUCAAAUCUUUGCUGAAUUGGCCAAGAUCCACGCCGUGCUUGGGUCGUCCAAGUUCCAAGGCGGGGCCACGACCGCCGCCAAAGUGUACGACGACAGCGACAUCAAGACGACGUUAGACGUGCAGGCCGAGUUGAUUGCGUCGCUGUGUCUCGAGCUUAAAAAGGAGAAGAGCGACGACAGCGAACACAAGCAGCUGUCGGCCAUACCCGUCGAAGACGCGAUCGAGUCGGACAAGCUAUUCAAUGCCAAGCUGGAAAGCAUCACGGAAAAAGUCGCAGAGAUGUUUGUCUCCCUCGAAGUGCAACGGUCGAGCUCGCAGCCCCGCAACAUCAUUCCAGCAUACAACCCGACGCUAUUGCUGGAAGCGUUCGCCCAGAACAUCGAAGCCAAGCUCGCGUUGACGCAGGACUUGACCAAAAAAGACAUUGAGCGCAUCAAGAUGGAGCUCGGGGACAACGUCCGCCGCCGCGUGACCCGCGCCAUGGAGGCCAUGCGCGAGCAGAUCCCACCGUCGGCAGAACCCACGACGUCCGUCGGCACCAUCCCCGGCAUGGUGUGCUGCAUCGCAUGCAGUCGCCCCGUUCGAUUUGACACGAGCACUGGGGGAGAUGGGCAGCACAAAGACGUGUCCCGCACGACCUUGGGGCUGCCCGAUCCGGACGAGGAGGACGACGCGUUGGACCGCGAAGGCGACGCCGAGUUUGUAUAUCGCGCGGGCUUUCGUAUGCCCGUGAUCGAACGGUAACUUUGAACAUAGAAUGUCGACAACAGUAAUAGAACUGGUUGGUAGGAAAAACGUACUGCCGCUGCUCGUGUCCCCGCGGAUCCCGCCGUCGCCUCGGGUCAAGGGAGGCACCAGCGUGGACAAAGGGAAGAGUCGCCGGUUUGUCAAAGGCAGCAUCCGCAAAGUGGACAGUUUGAUGCGAGAGGUAAAAAUAACACAAACAAAAACGACCUUAACGGCAACAACGUGCUAUCGUUUUGUAGGUGGAGGACCUGGAUCACGACACGUUGAAUGCCGAGCGACAAAUCGACUACAAAAAAGCAAACGACGUCCGCAAACCCACGGCGCCGCCGCUUCGAUAAGACAACCGAUCCUACUGCUAGUACUACUAACGUUACGACUAUAUACUACUACGACUAGUACAAGGAAAAGGAGGAUUCGUCAGGCAGAAAUCUCUUGGAAAUCAUCGUUCGCGAUCGCGCGGCGAUGCAAAACUCCCGUGUUUUUUGGUAAUCACUCGAAUCCUUUC